AUGACCAAGAUUGAGCAGUGCGGUACCGGCGCCGCCCUCUGCCAAGUCUACGACAGCAUCUUCCUCGACCUCCCCAUGUCGCGCGUCAAGUUCGAUGCGAAGAACGAAUACGCCUACCUCGAGAACUUCAAGAUCCUCAGCAACACCUUCCGCAAACACCAGGUCGACCACCCGAUCCCCGUGCAGGACCUGAUCAAGUGCAAGAUGCAAGACAACCUGCAGUUUCUACAGUGGACGAAGCAGUACUGGGACCAGUACUACCCCGGCGGCGACUAUGACGCAGUUGCGCGGAGGAGAGGUGCAGGGCCUGGCGCGACACCGGCAAUGGCACCUGCGCACGGCGGCGCAAGCGCGAGGACAAGCGGGAUGGGAGCGUCGAGAAGUCGGCCAGGCGGUGGGUCUGGAGCAGCGGCGCCGCGGACGACGAGUAGGCAGACGGGCGGAAUCGGCGGUGGAGCGAGCUCCGCGCUACAGCAAAAGAACGCGGAGUUGAUGGAAACGGUGCAGGGAUUGGAGAGGGAGAGGGACUUCUACUUCAGCAAACUACGUGACAUCGAGUUGAUCAUCCAGCAAGCCAUGGAGGAGCCGGCGAUCGAGGAGCAUGAGGACAGCAUCCUGAAGCAGAUCCAGACGAUCCUGUACAGCACCGAGGAGGGCUUUGAGAUCCCACAGGAAGCAGAAGCCGGCGAGGCCGCGGGCGAGGAAGAGACCUUUUAG